UCACCGCAGGAGGUAUGCCAGCCGGCCAACAGCCAGCUGUUGUAUUUUGAUUGUCGCAGACUCGCAGUUGAUAUGGCGACUCCGACUGGAAGAGACCGGUCGGGUUGCGAUCCUGCCGAGAAAUUUAUCAUAUCGCCCGAAAACUGCGCUUUUCGCGGUGAAGGGAAUGCCAACAUCGUCGUCGCACUAAAAAACGAGGACAGAGUCCUUCGACUCCGUAAGAGCGCCACAUUCACCGAGGACACAAUAUCACUGAUAGGAGAGAGUCUACAGAAAUGUCAUAUGGAAGCAGACUUUAUCGAGCAUGUCAUGAAACCGCUCUUUGGAAGCCGAUUCGUCCAUCCCCCAGUCCUUGUUCGGUUGACAGCUGAAAACGUGAGGCUCAUCAAUAAGGCCGUGCAUUUGGAAAGACCAUUGCACAGGUUAAAAAAGAAUGUCAAGGAAGUUGCCACUGUGGGACUAUUGUUUCCUGACCACUGCACCUUGCCGAGCCACCUCCAAAAAUUUGCUGAAGGUCCUGUGAUCUCUGUUGAAAUCAAGCCAAAGCAGGGAUUCCUGCCUAGUCCCCAUGAUCUCCCCUGUGAACACAAGAUUCGAGCAUCCGUCUGCAGAUUUCACCUUUCCCAGACUGCCAAGGUCAGCAAAGGGCGGAUAUCAUCACUCAGCAUGUACUGCCCGCUGGAUCUGUUCAGUGGGUGUCCUAGGCGAAUGAAAAAUGCUCUAAGGGAGCUCCUCUACCACCCACAAAAUAAUCUCAGAGUCUUUAAGAACAAGGAACUUAUAUUUAGUGAAGAAUCAAGAACCAACCUAGAUGUCACGCUAAAGGAUUUCUUUCUUGAAUCAAGUCUAGUCAGCCGAGAAGACAACCUGUGCCAUCUGAUAGCGAAAAUCCUGCGGCACUCAUAUCCUGAAACCGUGGCAGUCAGUGCAACCAGUGGCAUCGGUGAUGUUAUCACAGCACAGUCUUGCCCUUCUUCACAUCCAUGCACUUGCACUACUAGAAUGAAAGCUGACCACCGGCUUCCUCGUGGGUGCAUUUUGGACCUAGUGCUGCGGGCUCAGCGCCUGGGUUCCAUCGACGUCUCUACGGCCUAUCCCCUGUACCUCAGUCUCAAGGACACCCUCCAUUGUGCUGGAGAGAAACCACCGCUGCUUGAGUACCUGAAGGAUGGAUACCCUGCUCCCUCUCUGCCCAAGGCUGUGGGUUGCCAUGAACGCCAGAAUUAUGAGACUGACCACACAUUCGCCUGCCGCAAGAUCUGGGAAUUCUUGGUGGCACUAACAGCUCGUGAUUGCUCUAUUAUGCUUUCCCUGCAGAGGUUGCCUUCUGUGGCUAAGGUUCACACCUGGGAGGAGGACUCUGUCGUGGAAGAUAGCUAUGGACGGGCCUACCUCUUCUCCCUGGCUGUUGUAGACCUGGACCCCAAGUCGGUCGACAAACUUGAGAAGGUCUACUUCGACGACUGCAGUAUGAUUCGGACUGCCCAAUCGUGACCAUGCGAAGGCUCAGUGAAGGCAGACAUGCCAGCCAGGGAUUCUUGCCAUCGGUGAUGCUCCCUGUUUUAGCCGUUGGCAUUAUGUGUAGGUGGGGGCAGGUGGUGCUUGAGGCUUGACAAUGUGGACAAGACAAUCAAAGUUUUAUUGAGAUCUUAUCAGUGCGCUUUAAAUUUUCUACUGCUUUAUGCUGACAUAUUUUUGUGUUAUCACUUUCUAGGCCAUUUUAACUGGUAAAAUUUUAGAGCUGUCGUUAGAGACCUAAGCAUGCAGGAUAAAAUUUCCACAUCUAAAGCCAAUGCAUCACCUCUGUGACGAUAUGAAAGAGUACGUAAUGAAUGAAGCCUACCAUAUCUUGGUCUUGUUGAUUUAUGAAGAGACAGUGCUGACUUGUUGUUCUUGAUCAACCCGAGUUUUUAAGCCUUUGGUUUUGUUGCAACAGUGUUGUCGUUCGCCAAGUACAGCAGUUGUUGGUAUGUUGACUUUAUGUUUGGGAUAUUUCCUUUGUGACAUUUUCUGAAGUUCGGCUCAUGAUGACAUGGUGAAGCUAGGUUUUUUUUAUUAAUAGCCUCGUAUCUUUAGAAAACUCUGUAUCUGUUUCUCUGUGACUAGUCGCUCCGUCUGUAUUUUAGCAGUCUUCUAACAGUGUUAAAGCAUUGUUGGUGGUUGUAGGGAGUUCAAAACAGUUCUUUUGAUCGACAAUGUCCAUAGCAUUUUCUUUGAAAUUGUUCCUGAAACUCGACCCUUGUGGACAUGGCGAAAUUUCCUCCUUUGGCUAAAGCCUACCAUUUAAAAAAAAUAGUUCUACGUUUUCUUGUCUUUAGUCAUUUCCUCCUUAUCAGUGUAUUAGUGAUGCUUUCAUGAAGAGUCAUCAAAUCUCAGUAGUAUCAGUAUUGCGAAGGGACUUAUUCUCCCUACUAAGUAAUGUUGCCUGUGAAUUUUAGAAGGAAAAAGUUUUGUGGGUAUUGCAAAGAACAGUGUCCUUAAUAGGAAAUCAGAGUCAGUUCUGAUUUCAAUGUUAAAAUAACAUGAGAAAUGCAGAAAAUGCUCGUUUGGCAGAUCCAGAGUCAAUUUGAAUUACAUUACUGAUAUAAAAAAUAAAAGUAAAUCCUCUCAACCAUUGGAACUAUAGUAUGAGUUGGGGGCCUUGAAUCUAUUGCAAGAUUUGUCAAAUAUUGCAAAAUUUAAAAUUAGCAUCAUAUUUAGAACUUUGUAACUCCUCACUGAUAACAAAUGUGAAAUUUUGUAAGGCAGGCAAAUAUAUUAGUCUGCAGCUAUCACGAAUAUGUCAUACUGUUUACCUCAUUUUUACAAAAGUCCUAUGCAUGAACUGGUGGUACAGUUCUGAGCAGUGUAUAAGAAUACCAGUUUGGAUGCAGUUUACAGUAUUGUGAUAUGUUUUUUCAAUGUACGUAGUUACCCAAUUGUCGACUUGAUGCUUAUAUUUUUCAAAUUCUCCAAUUUUCGCAAGUCUUGUAAAAACAUUCAAGACCUUCAAAAAACAUUUAAAAUUGGUACAGCUGACACUGAGUGGAACAAUUUCUCCUGUAAAGAGCUCUUGAGGUAAUGCUCCAUCUUAAAUGUAAAAACAAUGGGCUGUGAGGAAGAAUCAUAUUUGUGACACAGGCUUAUUUGGUCAGUUUUUUUUUUUUUGUUUUUUUUUUAAGGGAACUUGUAAGUGAUAAUAUGCCUUGGAAAAUUAUGCCUCACAUUUGAAGAGCUUACUUUGGCCUAAUAGAAUCCAGCAAAAGUACAAUGUUCAGCCAUGAACCAAAAAAUCUAAACUUUAAGUCUGUCAGUGCAAAAGCUGCAGAAAUGCAAGAAGUGGCAGGCGGUGUGUAGUUGCUUAUAACUAUCAUGUUGUGUGUUUAUAGCAUCAUACUGCAUAUAUGUGAGAGCUUACAAAUUGAAAAAUGGUGCCUAGUUUUUUUUUCUUUUUUUUUUUUUUUUUAUGACGUGCUCAAUGCUACUCUUUCGAGUUGGAUAUCCUUUGGCAGUUACUACUCUGCCACAUUAAAAGUAACAGGGUCGUUAUAUAUCGUUUGCCAGUCUCUUUACCGAGCACAAAUAGGCUACAUUACAAUUUGUUCACAGAACUUGGUUUUAUUUCCUUUUAUACAGUUGUUGUUUUCGUGAUACAGUAGUGCCCUUUUCGUGCAUUUAAUGAGCAGGACUGGAAGGUUCUGUUUCUCAUACAAAUGAUCUCGUAAGCAGCAGAGUUCUGCUUAGGCAGCAUGAGAGAGAUACUCUGACCAUGCUGCCUUUGAAACCAGUCAUUUAAACCUGAUGUUCAAAUUUGUUCAGGUUCAGGGCCGCUUAGAUCUUUUGCAUCUCUGCUUGGGCUUCUGAAUAAGACAAGAAAUAGCAUGGGGAUGGGGGGGAGGUAGGCGGUGGGUACAGGUUUGCACAUAGUGCAGUUUACAUCAGCCUUUGUAGUUGCCCUAGAGUCCGGGCGCAUAAACGUUUUAUGGUACAUUUGACUGUUCAUUUACUAGCACUCUGGAACACAAUUGUCAGGUUAAUUCAAAGCGCUCGGAGGUGCUCUGACUUUCGAGCUGCGAGUGCAACCAAGAUCUGACAGAAUUCCUGUCACGGCGCUUUCUCCAAUUGCAGUGGGAGCAGCAACGCUCAACACGGGUAGCUAUUCUCUGGCUCCAAUCUUGAGAAGUUUUCAGAUUGCUAAAACUGAGCCAGAGCAUAGUAGGAACCAGCCAAAUGGUACCAUUAGCUUCUUACAUUUAUGCUUUUAAAGAUAUGUAACAAUACUGUCCCACAGUAGUUGCUUUGAGGGUUCCAGAAAGCUUGUAAAGGUUGUCUGCUCUUAGAAUAUUAUUUUUCCACACUGACACAGCUUUGACGUUUCUUCUUCUCUACGAGGAAAAAGGUAGCCAACCAUAAUACUCAGUGCUGACACCUAUGAAUGAAAUAUUAGUCUGUGGGUUUUUAACAGCGAAGCUGUGUAAGCCAGCCGCAAUUUGUGGUUCGUAUCAAGAAACUAGAAGAAAUAAAAUAAACUUUCUUGCCGAGGCGGGAUUCGAACCCGAGUACCCGGUCCCAAGGCAAGCGUUGUAACCACUAGGCUAGACAGCCACGCUUGCAGAACAUGCAUUUAUGUGAACCAUAUGAUUGCGUUUGAGUGUCGUCGUCUUCGUCCACAGCUGGCGUGUUCGCACGCUCAUGCUCUGCGAGGUGAAGAGGUUUUACCCGCUAUGAGAGCGAGAGAGAGACACAUUCACGGAGCGGGUCUCCUGGAAUGCGUUGUCGGCAUUGCAAUGCGGUGUCGGUGUUGCAAGCUGCGCUAUGCAACGCGCAGUGACGGCCGUAAGCCCGAGACGUGCGAAAAGAAAUUAUCAUCGUCAUGAGUAAUAAGAAUAAAAGUUUGCGCGCACUUCCGGAAAAUGGUGGGCUACGAUUGCCCAGCUUUGCUGUUUCAAGUGUUGCGCAACCGAGUGCAAGGUUAAGCAUUUGUCAUUCGUCUACUUUCUUGUAGCGUACACGGAAAGGUACAUUAGACUAACACACAGCGCUAACUUUCAACAACAGACUUAUUGCAAGUUUAAGCUGCUAUGAGCGCUUAAGAAUUAUUAAUGAGGUGUUUCUUCGAGAAUUGGACAACCCAGUAUAUAUACCAUUGCCUGAUGAAUUAAACUUUCAUGAAAUCAUGGUUGUACAAAAAGGCUUUGAUUCUUCUGCUAUACAACUUAUGCUAAGUGUUUGCUUGCAUGAAAUUCAUGAAGAAAGGAACACUCAUUGAAAAUUUAGUGCGUCUUGUUAAACUAAUGUAAAAAGGGAAGCGGUAAUUGGUGCUUCAAUUUUUUGUUUUUUCCACAUAGGUAGUACUUUACUGCUUCUGGUGGGAUUGGUGGGAAAUGCAAUAGCAUAGACUAUCAGGCUAGCUGGUUCAUGAUGAAAAACUUGAAGCACACGACAAUGGGACAAAGAAAGCACAUGGCAACGGGAUAGCGUACCUGUGUCUCUCUCUCUUUGUUUCAUUGUCAACUGCUGCAAGUUGUGCACAACUGAACAAAUAGAGUGACAGUGGAGCAGCGUAGUAGUAUCUGUGCAAAAUUUAGUGAACAGCCAGCAACCAGAAAGGUGAUAUUCAGUCGGGUAAAAUGCCAAACUGUAUUGUCUUAUUUGUUCGGCAUCCAGAACACUGAAUAAUUUUGAUGUGGUUUAACUGCAGACUGAACAUACACAUCCCGCUACUCCUGGGAUUUCAGUGUUGUGAUGCUCUCUUCUUCACCCUUUUGCUUUGACAAAAAGUACAUGAUCUGAAAUGAUAACAAUAUUGCUCGUGUGAUUUUGUGGCUUACAUCUUAAAUGCUACGAGGCUAGUAGUAGUAGGAGCUGUAGUAGUGCGUGUGCUUAUGUAGUUGGUAAACAGGGUGGCCCUAUCCACAAUUGUGAGCAGCGCCAAACAAAGAUGGAGUGGAAUUUAAGCAGGACAUGCACUAAACUUCAGCAGCGCUUUAUUGAUGGAAAGCAGUCACACAUGAAAAACAUGCCAGAUCACUCUGUGGAGACAACAGAGGCUAAAAAAAAGUGAAAACUAAUGAAUGAAGGUAAAAAAGAAAACUGUGAUGUCAUGUGUGCAAAUCCAUCCCAUCACUAAAUUUAGGUCUUGCCCAACCCUUGUCAGGUGGAGAAGUACUCUCAAUGGAAAUGGAAAAUGAGUGCAGUUGAGCCCUCGUUAUAUGAUACGCUUCCACGAGUUUGUACAUCCAGAGAUCUUGAUGCUACAGCCAUUAUAAAAUUUAAUCUAACUAAACCGGGGGAAAAAAAAGGGGGGGGGGGCGAUUUUUAAACUCAACUGUCACUUGUGCAGCUUCUCAUGAUAAAUUUUGUACGCACUAAAAGUUGUCUGAGUGGGCCUUUCUUUUUGAAUUUUGCCAUGUACCUUUGGCCCUCUGUUUACCAUGUGAUCCGUGAAAAGCUCAGAUAAUGGUGUAUUAGAUAGGACAUAGGCCAAUGAAGAGCUGGUCUUCGAGUUGAAACGUGCGAUUGAAGUGAACUUUGAAAUGAGCGCAAGGCUUAGUGUCUUUUAUCCAAACUUAGCGACGUGCUUGUGAGUAGUUUUGAGAUUUUACUGCUUCACAGUCUAGCGCAGUUACUUGUAUACUUUAGCUGAUAUUACUUAUAAUGAUGCACUUAAAGCAUUUUCUCGCUUGCUGUUUUAACUUGCACUAAACUGCUGUCUCACAUGUAUUCCUGGAGCUGAGAGAGGAGGUUGUGGGUUUUGAUGGUAGUGUGGAUGCAAAACUAUUUGUGUACCAGGACUUGGGCUCACGUUACCCUUUAAUUCCUAAGCUUUCUCACAACAGAAAAAAGGAAAAGAUAUGUGCGAAAUGUUUCUAUUCUAUCAAACUUUUCACAGAUCCUAUGCCAACUUGAGAAUUAUAUUGCAUCUCCAGAUUAUGUUUUACAGUUAAACCUGUUUAUAACGAACCUCCAUAUAACGAAUUCCUGGAUAUAACGAAGUUUUUCGAUUCCUCGCCGUUACUCCAUAGAAGCACAUGUAUUUGAGACCUCUACGUAACGAAGUGGCAGCGGGAGACCCCCUCGAUAUAACGAAUUUCCCCCUCCGACCACCUAGAGAUUUCGCCCCAAAUUUUGUCAUUUUUGCGCGAGCAGCAACCGGAAGCACCUUCUCCGCCGCGAUGGAAUGUGAAGCGAGCGUGUGCGAGGCGGCCCUGCAUCCCUCGACCCAGCGAUCUUGCCGCCGCGGGCGUGACCUUUCCCCUCCCUUCAUUCUAAUCUGAUCCUUCCGCUUGCUGCAGCUGGCCUAGCCCGCCAAGCCGGCACUCUCUCCUUUUCCAGCUUAUGUUGCCGACGCGCUGGUACACGCUGGCGGCGUGUGCAAGCGCCGCUGGAGAAGCGAGCGAAGUGACCUUCGUGCUGUUGUCUAUCGCUUCAACGCAAACUGAGCGCCGAGAACACACAGCACGCAGAAAGCUACGAGCCGCCGACGCACCUACACUGCUAGACUCUGCCCCAACGCAGAUCGCUUUCAAGAUACGUCCUGCGCGACCGCGCGCCGGCCCGCUAUCCCUCCCCCCUCGCUCUCUCGCCGGUGCCACGAGCGCAACGAAAGAAGGCGCGCUUCCUCCCUGUUUUUCUUGCGCGCGCAAGAUUUAGACGCGGUCGUCGGCUCCCCUCGCACGUUUUCCACUCGCACAUACAGCUUACGGCGCGCGGCGACUGCGUUAUCGCCCUUGGACUUUAGGGUACGGCCACGCUAGCGGCAAAAACACGCAGCAAAAACGCGCGUCAGAAACGCGCGGCAACGCGUCAUGCCGCGCGCGACAGAAGCGGCAGGAAUCGGGGGUCUUGCGGCGUGCCGCGCGAGAUGGGUUCUGCGGCAAAUGCCGCGUGCCGCGAGAUGAAGAACCAAUCAAGAGCGACGAGGGUGACGUCACGGAGCCAUCACAACCGGAACGCCGCCGGUCCGCGUCGGGUUUUCAACAACGAUUCGUCUCUCGCAUGAAACAACGAGCGCUCGCGGUGUUGCUCGCACGUUCGGAGAGCGCGGGAGAUCUUAUCGGGAGAUCUUAUCGCGCUGCCGCGCGGCGAGACGCGCGUGCCACGGUGGCCUCGUGGCAAGGCGCUGACGCGCGGCAACUUGCUGCUCGCUGCAUGACGCGCGCGUUUUUUGCCGCUAGCGUGGCCGUACCCUUUAUAUACGGAAUAUCUAUGAGCCAAAACCAAUUUUAGGGCCACAACGCGUCAUGGACCUGGUGUGACAUUCCGAGGAUGAGUGCUUCGACGAAAACAGAAAACGGGUGCGCGUUACAAUUGAGGGCGCGUUAGAAUCGAGUAAAUACGGUUACCGUUUAUUUUUCGAAUUUUCGUGCCGUGCCUGCAUAUAACGAAAUCCUCUUUAUAACGAAGUUUUUCGGGAAUUUGUCAAUUUCGUUAUAUCCAGGUUUAACUGUAUAUGGUCUAAAAGGUUAAUGAAAAAUGCCUAAUCUGAAUGAAGGGCUCUCGCUAGGCAUAUUUAUAAGUUUCGAGUGUAAUUGUCUGAACAAAUUCUAACGAAAAUUAAUGCUUAAUGCUCUGCGUUCCAUAGAGCAUUAAGGAAAAUGUACGAGGGCCCAAGCUCAGCUGCAUGACAUGAGUUGACGGAUGUGACUGGCAGGCAGAGCCUAAAAGCCCAGUCUAGGUGACUAGAGCUCAUCUUUGGCAACAUUAGUGCGAACUGCUGUAAUACAACCUAAAAGUUAAAGGGUUAAAGAGCCCCACAUAGUCAAAGUUUUUCCAGAGGUGGAACUCCUUCACUCUAGCCUCUCAAAUAGCCAAAAUGCAACUUCAGGACAUUAAACUCCAUAAUUGCUACAUGGUAGUUAUCAAUGGCUACACCUGUUAAGAUGCGUUGAACCCUGAUCCAAACGUCAGUGUGAAAACAGUGCUUCCCAAUGUCCCUUUAGUCACUGCAGUGUCAUUGCCCCACUGCACACUUCAUCAGACGUUUUGCCAGACUGCAUACUGCAGUUCUCGCAAAGAUUUACCAUGGCAAAUUCCUGAGUAUUGAGAAGGCGAGUGCUCCCCCCUAGCCCACUUUUUGGAGCACAAGGUGCAAUACAAAGGCCCUUCUGAAUGGUCUGGUAAGACAUCUUGUCAUUUGCAGUGUGGCUUGUAAACUUUCGACAAAGGCUACAUGUUUCUAGGCUGUAAGCAUCUGUGCACUUUGUAGUCGCGUCAUUUGCAGCAAGAGCUUUGCAUCCUUAGCUAGAUGUGUUUAUGCACUGCUGUCUGGACCUUUCAGCAUUUAUUGCUUUGUAAUUUAUUCAGUGUUCCAAGCUGCCUGUCUGACAAUUGCACUUUUUUACUUGUUCCUGUUUGCAUUUCUAAUGAGCUUGCAGUGCUAUGUUGGUGCAACUUCUUUAACAUUUUUAAGCUAUCUGUGUCACGAUCUGCUUUAUUUGUUGUAAAGUUCCUUUUGCAUUAGAAGCUUUAUGUUCCAAGUCCAGCUUUUUGUUUUUGCAAACAGAGUGAACAUUAUGUAGGUACUAUCAACCUAAAAAGUUUACGGACCACGGGAUUUCAGAAAACGCUAAAUAUCCAAGCAGCCCUUUAAAUGUAGCCAGUAAAACCGUACAUCACAAUGUUGUUCACAUAUACUAGUAGAGGCUGGAAAUGGAAAUACCAGGCUGCGUUUUGAGGCUGCGGAGAUAUUCAACUUUUUGUCAGAUCCUUUGGUCCGUAAACUUUUUGGGUCAAUAGUACAUGUGCAGAAAGUGUUUCAUGACUGGGCCUUCCCGAAGGAAAUGGGACCACAGUGAACAUAGAAAAAUAAUUCUGCUGCUUAUAAAUGGAGAAUGUGUUAUUUUUGAAAUGAAAAAAAAGUAUUCUAACGCAGCAUGUUUUUAGUGAGUCAAGUGUGAUGCAAUUGAAGUAAAAUUAUCAUGGUUAUAGGCCCUAGUCGCUUAACGUGCGCAUAUAUUGAAGUAUUAUCAUGGUAUCUGUGAUUGUCAUCGCCAAAUGAUUGUGAUCCCAGAGAUACUUAAUGUAGCAGUAUCAUGGUAAAAUAAAGUACAAACAAAUCGA